AUGACUGAUGCACCCACCAGAACAAUGACAUUGGGAAAUAACAUUACCAAUUCCUCAUCGUCAGACUUGGGAGAAACAUCAGAUAAAUUCAACAUUCCGGACUCGUUUCCUAUUCGGAAUGCUAAUGAAUUGAGUGGAUGGUUUGAGAGCAUGUUUUCACCAACAGUUUUGGUGAGAACAACACCUUCUGUGGAGGCUUCAUGUGCAAAGAAUGGUUUAAAGUUUAUUGAUCUUUUGCGUCCAUAUCAAUUUUUCAAACAGCUAAAUUAUUCAGCAAUCUCACUCCAAAACUUUUCAGUUAAUUUUGUUACUCUUGGGGAUCUUCAUAAAGAAUAUGGUGAAAACGGAAACAGAAUUGCUAAUAGGACUGAAGUACAUCUCAGAGAAAAACAUCAUUCUGAUUUUAUUGGACAUAUAAUUAAACAUUCCUAUGAUCAAUACUUGAGAAAAACAAACCAGUCAGCUCUUAAUCAAGAUUUAGUGGAUCAUACGCCAUGGUUUGAUAUUUUCAGGGAUGAAUUCAUCAAAAAUUUAAAUAUUUCGGAACAUGAAACAUUUUUACAUCCAGUUGCAGUGGUAUCAGUGAUUUCAAGUGAAGAAGUUGGAGAUCCAAUUCAAAUUUUGAAAGGAUUGUUUGAUCCUGAUAAUCCACCUAAAAUGUUUAAAGAUUUCACAAUGGAUCCUGAUAUUUUGAAUUUAGUAAUCAUGAUUCACGAUCAAUCAUCACCAACAACAAAUUCCGAAAAAGCCAAUUCUAUUUUCAACAAGAUUAAAGAGAAGUAUACAGCCUCUUCAUGUAGAAUGCUCAUUGUCAAUUCAAGAGAUCAUUUAGUUGAAAAUCUAGUUGGUGAUAUUUGGUCUCCUGUUUUACCAAGACGUCACUUAUACCAAAAGUAUGUUUUGGACAAUAUGCAACCAAAUGGAUUUUAUUUAUCCAAACAAGAUGUACAAUAUAUUGCAAAUAAUGUAGAUUUUAUAGUGAAUCAAGUAGUAGCAUCAAUGGAUGCAAAAAUUAAAACAGUUUCUAACACUGUUUUAGCUAACAAGAAGGGUAUUAAAAAUACCAUUAAAUCUUGGUUUACGAAAAAGACAAAGGCAGAGGAAGAAGGUAUUACACCAGAAAUGCAGUUAAGAAGAUUAGCUGACUUGUUGUUCCUUUUACGUGAAUACGAUGAAGCUUAUUCAGUUUACAAGCUAAUCAGUGGUGAUUUCAAGAAGGAACCUAAGAAUUAUGCUGGUUGUCUUGAGAUGAUGGCCAUUUGUACUCUUUUGAGUCCAACAGCUCAAACCAGUAAUAAGAAGGAAAUUGAAAGUAAUAUGGAUAAUGCCCUAACAGCAUACAAGACUGCCAAUCAACCAAAUUAUACACUCAGACUCUUGUUAAUUCAGGCUUGUUACUAUAGGUCUAAAACAUUAUUUAAGAAGGCUGGAGAAUUAUUCACUAGAGCUUCAAAUGUGGAUGAAAAUAACUUUUUACAAGCUGCUCUCUUUUUCGAACAAACAGCACUUUGUUACAGAGGAUCUAUGGAUAGAUUAACUAGAAAGUCUGCCUUAUUUUUAAUUUUGGCUGGAUACAGAUAUAGUCAUACCGACCAAAUGAAACACUCAUUCAGAUGCUAUAGAACAUCCUUUAGAAUUUAUAACAAUAGGGAAUGGCUUCAAAUUUAUGAACAUUUGAGUUAUACUAUGGGUAAACUCACAAAUGAUAUGAAGGAUUUAAAGUCCAGCGUUGAGUUCUAUCAUGAAUUUUUGACUGUUUGUAAGCAAGGUCCAGAUCAACAGUUCAAGUUUAUGGAAGUAUUUUCUCAAACCGUUUCUUCCUACAUUAACGAGCAAAAGCAAAAAGGUGUGAUGGAUGUAAAGUUUGACUUUUUGGAAAUGCCAAAGGUAGAUCAAUCCAAUGUUAGAGUUUUAUUAAACUCUUAUUAUGGAGAACCAGUUUAUACUGAUGUGAUACCUGAUGAAGAAUGGGCUAAACUUGAAGAAACUUUAGUAAGAAAGGUCAGAGGUCCAAUUGUAUUUUUCAAGUGGGAGAAGGGAAUCAAUGACAUGAAAAAGAUUGAAUCCACUAUUGUUGGUGAACCAAUUCAUGUCGAUGUUAAGAUUUCCAACAGUUUGAUUGUCCCUAUCCAAGUGAGAGAUAUUUCUCUUGACGCCAUUCUCAAGUCUCCAAAUUUGCCUGAAAACGAAAAGGGAUUUAUUUCAGAAGCUGUUAAUGUAUCUAUUCAAGGAAAUGAUACUAUUAUUGUAAGAUUAAAGAUUACACCAACAGAAGUUGGUGACCUUUCCAUCAGAGGAGUGAGAUGGAAGAUUUUGAAUAACAUUCAAGGCUUCAAGCAUUUUAGUGUUAAGGGUAGAAGAUUGAAUGAAAACAAACAACACAGAACAUCAGUUCAGUACGAACAAGAUAAUAGAUUGAUUCUUAAGGUUAUUAAUCCUACUCCACUUUUGGAUGUUCAAUUUACUGAAUCAAUUGAUCACUUGUGGAAUGGAGAGCUUAAGAAGACUACCAUGAUUGUUACUAAUAUUGGAAAAGCAGAUUUGAAAAAUUUGAAACUCAAAAUUAACCACCCAUCUAUUUAUUUCCUAUCAGAUGAUCCAAAUAUGAACAAUUUCCAAUUUAUGGAUACAAACACACCCCAAAGAGACAGUACCUUCAUUUCUAAUACCUAUGGUAUUGAACGUGAUUUUACAUACUAUGAUAUUUCUGAGAGUCUUAGUACUGGCAGCAAGAUUGAAAUUCCAGUUUUUGUGAGAGGAUCUUAUUCUGGUGUACAUGAUGCCAAGUUCUUGUUCUAUUAUGAACCAGUUGAACCAGUGGAGGAUCUCAAGUAUAGAUUACAUCGUUUCCACACCACGCUCAAGGUUAUGGACUCACUAAGAGUAACAACUUUCUGUGACUCUAGCUACUGCGAGCUUGGCAGUUUUAUUUGUGGUGUAAAGCUUCACAAUCUUAGACCAGAUCAAUUCAUUCAACUUGAUCAAUUAGUCAGCGUUUCUCCACUUUGGGAGAUUACACCUGUUAUUCCAGUUGCUAGUCAAUCAAUAAUAAUCUUGCCAAAAGAAUCCUACACAUUGUACCUUAAGAUUUUCAAGAAUACUGAACAAGAGAAAAAGAUGGCUGGAAUAAUUUCAACCAAGGAAAAGUUACCUGAUGUUGAACUUAUCCACAGAUCAUUCUCUACUGGAAAUAGUGACAGAUUAAUUGAUACUACCAAGAGACCAUAUCUUGAAUUUUUGUUUAGUGAAUCCAAGAAGCACGAGUUGACAUUCUUUGGUAAAACAGUCACUACAGGUUCUGGUGACACACUUGUAGAUAUUGAAGAACAAUUGAAUAGUUUAAGUUUACAAGCCAUUUGGAGGGGAGGUCCUUGUGAGUUAGGUAUCACUUAUCACAGCAAGGUUUCUUUCUUACCUCAUGCUAAAAAACCAAAGAGAAUUCACAUGGCUGCUAAAUUCCCUUCCAAAGAAAAUCUUAUUUGUCCAAUAGAAGUUAAUUUAGAAUACGAAAGAGAAAUCAUUCACCAGUUUACAUCAUCUCAACCUUCAUGCUCUGUAGCAUUUGAUGUUAAAAUUAGCAACGUUUCUCCUGACUUGCAUACUGAUAUCACUCUCGAACUUUUACCACCUUUCGCCACCUCAGGAACUUCAAAACUGAGAGCUCAAUCAGUUCUUCCAACAACUGUUGCUACAACCUCCACAGGACCUCAAAACUUUUACUUAUGGUCUGGCCCAACUAGAUUUUUCAUGAAAGAUUUGAAACCAAACUCUGGUGAGGUUAAGGUAACGGUGCAAGCUACUUUCUUCUCCCCUGGCGUGUACAAUUUGAAUCAAUUCAGAAUUUCAUGGAAGUUUAUGGAUCAAAGUAAUAUUGCUAGAGUUAUUCCUCACAGUUUUGUAGAAGAACAAUACCUCAUCACUGUAGUCCAACCAGAAACAACUUCUGUACCAUCAUCAAAUACCAAUGUGGAUGAUUUGUUUUUAUAAAUCUUUUAUUUAUUGUAGA